UUGAUCGUAUGUACAUACAUGUAAAUUAAAAAAUGGAGUUUUAGCUCAAAUAUAGUAAAGGAGCUAACAAAUCAUAUUUAACGUGGACUUAUAGAAAAUACUUUCGGAGUUAUGGCGGACUACGAUUUACUAUUCAAAAUUUUGGUAAUUGGUGAUGAUAAGACAGGGAAAUCAGCUCUAUUACUGAGAUACGUUGAUGAUACUUUCAGCGAAUCAUACAUUGCCUCCAUAGGUGUGGACUUCCGUUUGAAAACUAUAAAGCUUCAUGGUAAAACAGUUAAACUACAAAUUUGGGACACAGCCGGUGAAGAGAGGUUCCGUACGAUUACUACUGGUUACUACCAAGCGACACAAGGUGUGAUAAUUGUAUUUGACGUCACAGAUCGGUCCACUUUCAGAAGAGUUGAAAGCUGGGUGACUGAUAUUGAGAAAUAUGGCUCAAAUGAAGUGGAGAAAUUGCUUGUUGGAAAUAAAUGUGAUAUAACUUCGAAAAGAUGUGUAACAGAAGAAGAGGCCAAGUCACUUGCACUAAAAAACAACAUGGAAUAUGUAGAGACCUCGGCAAAAGAAAAUAUCAACGUUGAAAAAGCCUUUGAAACACUCUGUAAAGACAAAUGGGAAGAAAAACGUAACAGUAGAUGGUGCAACUUGUUUUAAUAUUGGUAUACAAGAAAAGCAUUGAUGCAAAGCAUCAAAGGGCGUCCAAGCAAGAAAUGUAGCAGGUGAAGAUGAACUAGUAGACAUACGAUGACAAGAUAUUCUUAUAAUCUUUUCAAUGGUUAAUAGGUUUUUACCAGAAUUGUAUAUCACGUAUGAAUGAACGCACGAAAGACAUUGUUCAUUAUGAACUUUGAUUGGCAUGCUGGAGAUUAGAAUAUUACUUAUUUCUUUAUGAUCGUGAUUAUUAAUAGCAACGGAUAUACAUGUAUACAUUCAUUUAUAAUCCAUAUGUGUAACGCAUGAUCAACACCACACUUGUAUAAUUGUCCCUUAUUAUGUUAUCGCUAUUAACCCCUUCUUAAGGCAUCUGCUCACACUUGUUCAAAAUAUGACACUGGUUAUAUUACCAUGUUGAUCAUGUUUAUUAUACAAUAAUUGUAAUAUAUAUUUAAUAUAAAAAAAUACAGAUUUUAUGAAUAUUUUUUUCUUUUUCUUUUUUUGCGUUUUAUGUGUUAUUUUAAUACUGAGCUUUUACGUUUACAACUCUUUUUUAUUAAAAUUGUAAAAUAAAUUUUAAGAAUUCAAUUGUCAUAUUGACCGACGAUUAUAAGUCAAAACUUAACUGGAAAAAGUCGUAAAUUAUGUAACUUUGAAUAAUUCCUCGGCAUCUUUACUAAACACGAAUAACAAAUUAAAUAAAAUGUUUUAAAGUUGAUAGUGUCAUGUUAAUACCAUAAAAAUGUAC